AUCAAGCUCUCUGAGCUGCAGUUUGGGGGGAAUGAGCUUUUCCCCCUUUGAAGAGCUGAUAAGCACACCCAGGCUCUCUCACAUCCUGCAAUACACUGAGAUCCAUGUCUGGACUCAGAAAUGGACCUCAUUGUGAGAAGCACUGCUCUGUCUCCCUCAUCACUUACCCUGACUGGGCAGCCCCCAACCUGGAGAAGGAACAUGAGCUUGAAGAAAUCCGCAAAUGUGGAAUGAAAAACUUCCGUAACAUCCAGGUUGAUGAAGCUAAUUUAUUGACUUGGCAAGGGCUUAUUGUUCCUGACAACCCUCCAUAUGAUAAGGGGGCCUUCAGAAUCGAAAUCAACUUUCCAGCAGAAUACCCAUUCAAACCACCGAAGAUCACAUUUAAAACAAAGAUCUAUCACCCCAACAUCGAUGAAAAGGGACAGGUCUGUCUGCCAGUAAUUAGUGCUGAAAACUGGAAGCCAGCAACGAAAACCGACCAAGUAAUCCAGUCUCUCAUAGCACUGGUGAAUGACCCCCAGCCUGAGCACCCGCUUCGGGCUGACCUAGCUGAAGAAUACUCUAAGGACCGUAAAAAAUUCUGUAAGAAUGCGGAAGAGUUUACAAAGAAAUAUGGGGAAAAGCGACCUGUGGACUAAAAUCUGCCACGAUUGAUUCCAGCAAAUGUGAGCAGAGACCCCGAGCAGUUCAUCAGACACCCCGCAAAGCAGGACUCUGUGGAAAUUGACGCGGGCCACCACCUGGCGUUUGCUUGUGGCAGUUACUAACUUUCUACAGUUUUCUUAAUCAAAAGUGGUCUUAGGUAACCUGUAAAGAAAGGAUUAAAAAUUUAAGAUGUUCUAGUUCUGCUUUCUUUGUUUUAAAAAUCACUGCUUCAGUCUACCCUAAAAGGAAUGGUGUUUCUUUUCUUGUCCAAAUUUACCCAACAUCUUCAAUUUACAGUUAGACCUUAAGGUUUAAAAUAAAAGGUUUUGGUUCCCUUUCUCCCCAUGCCCUUCCCAUGCCACUCUCUUGCAUUCAGUUUCUUUUUCAUUCAUUCACUUUCCCAGAACCAGGCCCCACCUUCUCCACAAAGGAGAAGAGGCAGCCCUGUCCGGUCUGGUGGCUUCUCUUCUCCCGUGUUGCAAUGCGUGUGGGAGUUCAUUCAAGUUCUCCUGCUUCCAAUUUAUAACAUACUUAAAAAAUUUUUUUAAACAAGCAAACCACCCCUUUCCUCCCCCCCUCCCCCCCCCAAAAAAAGAAAUAACUAUGAAAAGGAGGCCCACCUCUUAUGUAAAAAUCUUGCCAAUGUUACCACAAUAACACUGAUUAAAUGGCAACCCUGAUCUCUGUGUGUGUGACUGAACACUAGCCUGGCCCGGCCUGCUUGGAGGACCCUGCAAUAUCAGGUCUGUGGCCACCCAAGGAGGGCCUGCCAGCCAGAGGACACUGCACUUGUGUGAGGAAUUUCGCUUCAGAGAGGCUCCUGAGGUCAAAGGUUUACGUUCCUCCUUGCAGCCAUUUUAGAAGAUGUGCUGGCCAUUGCAGACAACGCUAAAGCCAGAAUGUCCAUUUGAAAUUCCACGCUCACCCGUCAGCAAGCUCCAUCCGAACGUGCCACGGAGCCCAACCUCCACCUCCUCAGUGCAGCAGCCCCACCUCAGCCCUCCUCCAGCACAGUUUGGCCCUUUGCAGGGUUGGAAUUGGCAGGACUCGGCUAGAGCCAGAACCAGGCUGGGGUCACCGAUGCCCUGCUGGCCUCUUCCUUUGGAGCAGCUGGCCGGGCCCGCCCAGGAACAAGACGGCCUUCCCCUCCUCUGGACUCACAGCCUGUGCAGAGUCAAGCUCCGCUUGAAGCUCACCGAGUAAUGUCCUCUACAUGUGUUUUAUAUUGUUUUGAUUGCCUUUUUUUGUAGAAAUAAAAAUUGACCUUAGAAUUUAUCCUCAGA